AUGAGGGACUCAGAGGGAGAGAGAUGCGAUGAUCACACGUUCGGCGCCGCCCAUUUCGGGUGUGACGCAGGUUGGACGCAGGCACAUUCUCACGACCUCUCGGGAGGGAUUGAUCUUUCGGAUUCCUCCAUUGGAGGCCCCUUGGUUGAAACUUUGGUAUUUGGACUCGUGACCGACGCGUUGGCCAAAUACGCCAAAUACAUCCAAACACGACCUAUUAUUGCCACAGUGCUUUGGGGGCGAGACACGCCCUUGUACAAUACAUCCAAUCCCAGGCUAAGCUUUCUUGAAUCGCGUCGUGGUCUUUCCGCGACUUUGAAUUUCUACUUCGCUAAGUACAACUAUUGCUCAAUUCAAGUUCCCAACGGCCGCAGACUGAGUUUGCGUACAAGAAGGGUCAAGGAGUUUGGUUACGACCGUGUUACCGGUGAGUAUAUGCGUCCAAAAUGUAUCGCAUUCGUUGCUAAUGGCUUGGGAAUGCUCAAGGGCUUUCCAUCUUCUGGAUUGCGCGCUGUUGAGCUGAGAUCUGCAUUUACUGCUAAGAACACCCGAGACCCGUAUUUCCGAUUGUGGGCGCUGGAAUGGACUGGGUUAGGUGGAGCACAGCUAAAUUCAAUAACAAUUGUUUCUGGCCUACAACGGUACAUCCCAGCCUAUCCUAGCAGAUCCCAGUCAAGCCCAGAAGAAAUCAAAAAUUUGAUUAUCGCUUCCUCUCAACCUCUCCAGAACCAGAAAUCUUCUGGAAAGUGGCAAAAAUCUGGCUUCAGCCGACGAUUUCUGGAGGUCCAGCUCAGGGCGACUUCUCCCGGAUAUUUGUUGUCGCCGGGUCCUGUGACUCAUGGCCGCGCCAAGGCCGCGCUAGAUUUCUUCGAUUCUGUAACACGUGAUCGACAAAUUGGUACCGUAACGCAGGGGCCUCUCCUAGACAGACUUCGAUAUAUGUGA